AUGGCAAAGAUCACAUUCUACGAGGACAGAGACUUCCAGGGCCGCUCCUACGCGGUCACUGCCGACCAGCCGGAUAUGCAUGCUCACCUUAACCGCUGCAACUCAAUCCAGGUGGAAAGUGGCUGCUGGAUGAUCUACGAGCGCCCCCAUUACAUAGGACAUCAGUACUUCCUGAAAAAGGGGGAAUAUCCAAAUUACCAGCAAUGGAUGGGGUUCAAUGACUCCGUCAAGUCCUGUUGCAUAAUCACACCACAGUACAACCUGCAGAGAAGGAUACGAGUCUAUGAAAGGAAUGACGUGGGAGGCAGGAUGACGGAAUCCUUCUGUGACUAUCCUUCUCUCUGUGACGAAUUUCAUCCCAGGGACAUCCAGUCCUGUCAUGUUUUUGAAGGAAACUGGAUUUUCUGUGGACAGCCAAACUACCGAGCAUGGCAGUACCUCCUGAGACCCAGGGCGUACCGGGGAGUCACUGACUGGGGAGCUGUGCCCGCCAUAGUUGGUUCCUUUAGGCCGACAGUGUACAUUUCCUAA